AACAACGAAAGCUCCAAGAACCAAACCAACCUUCAAAAAUCCAAAAACACAAAAAAACGAUCGAUUUCUUCAAAGUUUUCAAUUACUUGGCAAUACCCAUUUCAAAUAAUUAAUUUAAUUGUAUAGUAACUGUGUGUUUGUGGAAUUUCUUGAGCUACAAUGCAUUCUACCAUCAAAAUUGGGUCAUCCAUCACUUUACCCAUUUCUUCUUCAUUAAAACUUAAUCCACAUAACCAAAAUAAUGCUAAUUAUGGGUUUAAUUCAUGUGGAAACCGUUUCACUUUGAAAAUUAGUGCAAUUGGUCCUAAUGGCUCUGCUUCUUCUCCUUCACAUGAGUCAGAAUCGAGGGCAGUGGGAGAUUCACAUAGACGAAGAAGCAGCCUUGAAUCUCUGUUUUGUUAUGACAAACCUAUACCAGAAGAGAUAAUUGAGAAGCCAGUUGGUGUAUCUUUAGCUGAGAAAGCAAUUGGAGAUAAUUCUCGAUGCGAUUAUUGUCAGGCCAAAGGUGCAGUUCUUUGUGCCACUUGUUCUGGUUCAGGCUUGUAUGUAGAUUCCAUAAUGGAGAGCCAGGGUAUCAUUGUCAAAGUUCGCUGCCUAGGUUGUGGAGGAACAGGUAACAUUAUGUGCUCGGACUGUGGCGGUCGUGGUCAUCUUGGACCCAAAUGAUCUGCAUGGUUUGCAUUUCUUCCUUGGAUUUUGUCGUAGUUUUCUUUGUUGUAACAUUUACAUGUCAAAGCUCACAUUUGUUGUAGCUAUAUAGCCUUGAGAUAUUGUAUGUUUUGAUUAUAUGCAAAAGUCCCAUGUAUUUGAUUAUUCCACUA